UCAUGGUGAGCUUCAUCCCAGAAUUCAAGGGUGAAAGUAAUUGUCUUCAAGCAGCUUGUGAAUUUGUGUUUGUAAUUGAUCGAAGUGGUAGUAUGGCUGGAUCCUACAUCAAAGAUGCAGCUGAAACACUUCUACUCUUUCUUAAAAGUAUUCCUGAAGGAUGUUAUUUCAAUAUAAUAGGUUUUGGCAGCACAUAUGUUCACCUAUUUCCAGAAAGUGUCCCAUACAAUCAAAAAAAUUUGGAAACAGCUGUAAAACAUGCAGAGAAUCUUCAAGCUGAUUUGGGUGGAACUGAGCUAUUUGAUCCACUUAGAGAAAUAUUUAGUCAUGCAGCAAAGAAAGGUUUGCCAAGGCAGGUGUUUGUGCUAACUGAUGGAAGCAUAAGUAAUACUGACUCUGUCAUUCAACUUGUUGAAAAAAACUCCAACAACUCCAGAUGUUUUUCUUUUGGUAUCGGCUCUGGUGCAUCAACAACUUUAGUGAAAGGCAUUGCACAAGCUGGCAAAGGUGCUGCUGAGUUCAUUGUAUCUGGAGAGAGGAUGCAACCUAAGGUGAUAAGAUCACUGAAGAAAGCCAUGCAACCAGCUGUGACAGAUGUUCAAAUUUCUGUCUCUGCUUCUAACAAUAUUACAGUAAAUGUAGUUCCAAAAGAAAAGCUUUCACCUAUUUUUAUUGGUGAAUGUCUCAUUGUAUAUGCAAUUCUUCAUGACAAGUCACCAUCCUCAUCACCUCAAGAAGGAAAAAUACUCCUUACUGGUGAUUUACUUGGAGCUAAAGUAGAGCAUAAGAUGAAGUUUCCAAUCAAACCAGCAGUGAAAAAAGAAACUGCUUCCCAAGUGUCAACUAUUCACCACCUUGCAGCCAAGAAGUUGAUAAAAGAAUUGGAGUUGGAUGGUGGAAAAAAGGCAGAGAUAAUCCAGCUAAGUUGUGACUCCAAUGUUAUAUCAUCACAAACUGCAUUUAUUGCCAUUGAUCAAGAUAGAAAACAAGCAGUUAAAGGAAGUUUGCACAGUUGGGAUUUAAUGCCUCGAUGGGAGGAAGAGUUCAUGUUGAUGACUCCAGUGGCUUGUGCCUUUGCAAAAAAAAGUGCCAGAAGUGAUAGACAUUCAAUGAACGACAUGCACCUUACAUUUGGUCGUAGGUCUUCUAGAUCAGCUUUUAUACCUCAAGGUUUACCUCCAGAACCAGCACGCCCUUUAAGCCGUAAAAAUGCAACUGUAUGCCGAAGUUUAGAAAGUGACAGAAAUUAUCGAUUAGCUACUCGGUGUAAAAGUUUAUCAAAUGACUACAGAAAACAUAAGGUUUCUCAAGAAAGGUGUUCAACUGCAAACAAAAUUUUAGAAGACACCAAGUUUGGAGGUUAUAUUCCACCUCCUCCAAUACAAACAUUCACUAAAAUGUGUAAAAGUGCAACUGUAAGCCAAAGUUUAGUAGGGGCCAAUAAUUUUUAUGGAGGUUAUAUUCCACCUCCUCCACCAAUACCAACAUUCACUAAAAUGUGUAAAAGUGCAACUGUAAGCCAAAGUUUAGUAGGGGCCAAUAAUUUUUAUGGAGGUUAUAUUCCACCUCCUCCACCAAUACCAACAUUAAUUAAAAUGUGUAAAAGUGCAACUGUAAGCCAAAGUUUAGUAGGGGCCAAUAAUUUUUAUGGAGGUUAUAUUCCACCUCCUCCACCACCUCCUCCAAUACCAACAUUCACUAAAAUGUGUAAAAGUGCAGAUGAAACCCUUAGUUUAGAAGGGGCCAACAAUUUUUUUGGAGGUUUUGAUGAUAAUGGUUUAGAACAUCAAAGUUUAGGGAAUGUCAAACAUGACAGAGAUUCAAGUAAUCCACUUUCACAGAUAAUCAAUCUUCAGUUAGCAAAUGGUGCAUGGGAUAUGGAGUCAGCAAUAGCAAAGAUUGUUGGUAAAUCAUUUAAGGAUUUAGAAGAUGCCUGUCCAGUGUCAUGCAAUGGAAAUAUGAUGACAAUAUGGGCAACAUGUAUUGUUUUGGCAUACCUGGACCUUCAAUUAUCCACUGUUAAAGAUGAAUGGGAGUUGGUUGGUAUGAAAGCAAAAUCUUGGCUUAUGAUGCAAGUUCUACCAAAAGGAUGUUCCUAUGAAGAUUUGCAUGAAAAAGCCAACCAAUUUCUUCGUGAUAAUGAUAAACAUGAGUAAAUGUAACUUUGUGUAACAUUGAAUCAAUACUUGACGAUUUUCUUUAUAAUUUUUAUAAUUCAGUAAAAUAGAUUACACAUGCUUUUGUUAUGGGUUUUAAGUAGAAAUUACUAUAUAGUGGAAUGACAUUGGUAAUCUUUGACAAAAAUGUAUUGCACUUCUGAGUGUUUUGUCAUGUUGAGAAAAUAGCAUAAAACUAACAAGUUUUUUUGUAUACGAAAUCACAAAACUACGAGUCUAUAAAAAAUGUUUUAAAAAUGACUCAAUUUAAGCUCGGAGGAGCAAAAUAAAUAAAAUAUAACUUUGAGUACUUUAA